CGCACGGGGCUGGCUCCGCCACCGCGGCGGGAUCCGCAGGCGGGAGCGGCAGGGACGGUGCGGGGCUGCGGCUCCAUCCUCCGCGGAUCGACAAGACAAUGCUGGCCAGCCUGAAGAUCAAGAAGCAGGAGCUGCUGAACAGCACGGAUGUGACCGUCCCGGAGCGGCCCCUGUCACCCCCCCUCACCGCCCCCCCGACCAUGAAGUCGGCAGAAUUCUUCGAAAUGCUGGAAAAAAUGCAGGCACCAAAACUGGAAGAACAGAGGUCUGGAAGCCAGAAACACAAGGAAGACUACAUCCCGUACCCCAGCAUUGAUGAGAUCCUAGAGAAGGGCAGUCCAUACCCAUUGAUCAUCUUGCCCCAGUUUGGGGGGUACUGGAUCGAAGACCCAGAAAACCUUGGCACACCCACCUCAUCUGACAGCAGCAUCUGCGAGGAGGAGGAGGAGAACCUCAGCCCCAGCACCUAUGGCUACAAACUGGAGUGCAAGGGAGAGGCCAGAGCCUACCGCAAGCAUUUCCUGGGGAAGGAUCAUUUAAAUUUCUACUGUACAGCCAGCAGCCUCGGAAAUCUGAUCCUUUCUGUUAAAUGUGAGGAGACAGAUGGCACAGAAUAUUUAAGGGUUAUACUCAGGUCUAAAGUGAAGACAUUGCAUGAAAGGAUCCCACUGGCAGGAUUGAGCAAGCUUCCAAGUAUCCCCCAGAUUGCAAAGGCCUUCUGUGAUGAUGCCUCUGGGCUGAAGUUUAACCCGGUUCUCUACCCCAAGGCGUCCCAGAUGAUAGUGUCGUAUGAUGAACAUGAGGUCAACAACACCUUCAAGUUUGGUGUGAUCUAUCAGAAGUUCAGGCAGACCCAAGAGGAGGAGCUGUUUGGCAAUAAUGAAGAGAGCACUGCCUUCAAGAACUUCCUAAGUUUUCUGGGAGACACCAUAACACUCCAGGACUUCAAAGGUUUUCGAGGAGGCCUGGAUGUCAGCCAUGGGCAGACGGGAGCAGAGUCUGUGUACACGGUGUUCAGGGACAGGGAGAUAAUGUUUCAUGUCUCUACAAAGCUGCCUUUUACUGAAGGAGACACACAACAACUGCAGAGGAAGAGGCACAUUGGCAAUGACAUCGUGGCAAUUAUCUUCCAAGAGGAGAACACGCCGUUUGUCCCAGACAUGAUUGCCUCCAACUUCCUGCACGCCUACAUUGUGGUGCAGGUGGAGAACCCCGAGGGAGAUAACACAGUGUACAAGGUGUCAGUCACGGCCCGGGAAGAUGUCCCCUCCUUUGGCCCAGCCCUGCCGAACCCGCCGGUGUUCCAGAAGAGCCCUGAGUUCCGGGAAUUCCUGCUGACCAAGCUCAUCAACGCCGAGAACGCCUGCUGCAAGUCUGACAAGUUUGCAAAGCUGGAGGACCGCACACGGGCUGCCUUGUUGGACAACCUUCACGAUGAGCUCCAUGGGCACACGCAGACCAUGCUGGGGCUGGGGCCUGAGGAGGACAAGCUGGAGAAUGGGGGUCAUGGAGGCUUUCUGGAGUCUUUCAAGAGAGCCAUCCGAGUGCGCAGCCACUCCAUGGAGACGAUGGUGGGCAGCCAGAAGAAGCAUCACGGCAGUGGCAUCCCGGGCAGCCUCAGCGGGGGCAUCGCACACAACAGCGGCGAGGUGACCAAGACCACCUUCUCACCCCCUGUACCAGCCACUGCUGCCAAGAACCAGUCCAGGAGCCCCAUCAAGCGCCGGUCAGGGCUGUUCCCUCGCCUGCACACGACGUCGGAGAGCCAGGUGGAGAGCAGGACAAGGUGUGACAGCGUUUCUGGAGCCCAAAAGACACCAGAUUUGGGACAUUCUUCCCAAGAGAUGAAGUCUGAAACCUCAUCCAACCCUAGCUCCCCUGAAAUAUGCCCCAACAAAGACAGGCCAUUUAUCAAACUGAAAGAGAACGGGCGGUCGAACAUCUCCCGUUCCUCCUCCAGCACCAGCAGCUUCAGCAGCACGGCGGGGGAGAGCGAGACCCUGGAGGAGUAUGACAGCGUGGGAAGCCAGCCCUCCACUGCAUCGCCAUUCAAGCAGGACGUGUUUGUCUACAGUGCUUCAUCUGGCAGUGAGAGCCCCGGUGCAGGAGCCAUGGCAACCCCUGUCAUCAUGAGCAGGAGCCCCACAGCAGAUGUAAAGAACAGAAACUCUCCAAGGUCCAACCUGAAGUUUCGCUUUGACAAGCUGAGCCACGGCAGCUCCAACACGAGCCACUAGCAGGAGGAGGUAAUGAACUCAUCAUAGAGAAUUUUUGUUUCAACAAAGGGAAAACCCUUCAACACCCCAUGGGAUCCCACGUGCCCCAGCUGUGGGCAGUGAGGUGCCCACACCUGCCUCCCGCCUGCCCGCCGUGCCGGGAAGGAGCUCUCACCCUGCCACAGUCCUGCCCUGACAGGGACCAGCCACCUUCCCCCCCGCUGUACCCCUGCCCAGCACAUGCCCUGUGCCCCCAGCUCUGCCUGUAGGAGGGGAUGUGUCUUUAAUUGUGCCACACACACGUGUGGCCAGGGCUGUGACCUCUCCAGGUGCUGUGCUGGGUCACCCUGCGGGCACCCACAUGUGCUGUGGCUGGUGGGCACCGUCCAUUCCCCCCCCCGGACUCCUCUUGGGCAGAGGGCCAGCAGGACAGACCCCCAUGCAGUUCAGUUCCCUCCAUGCUAUAUUUGCAGUUAUCAGUGGGGAAGCAGGUUUUAUAUUUGUUUUUUGAGGGGUAGGGGGUCAGGGCAAAGUGAGUUAGUGGCCCCAGGACAGUUCCCUUUCUGCCGUCAUUUUCUGUCACUCCUCUCUGGGGCCAACAGGGUAAAACAGGGUAAAAUGUCCCCCCAGCACACGGUUUGCAGUGCCUCUCCAGCCACCCCCAGCUGUCUCCCCCCCAGUUCCUACCCAUACCCCAAAACUCUUAGGGCAGAGGCGUCCCCUUACUCCACGCUUGCUUGUUUCUUGCAACAAGAGGUGGGUGAGCAAACUGGCCCAGGGAGCAGAGCUGGGGGCCAAGGCCAGCUCAUCCUCCCUGGGCAGGUUUGGCCUCCCUGCUUUGUCUCUGCCUGACACUGAGCACAGGCCUGGGAAAGGUGACCCAAAGCUAAAGCUGUGGUGUAUCUGAGUACUAGAACUGGAACCAGAGGGAAUUUACCCAGUGGGCUCUGCUUUGCCCCACGGCUUGGAUCACCAGGCAAGCAAAUGCAUAAAACUCCAAUGAUUUGGGUGGCAUUAGGCUGCUCCAGCCCUUGGAGAGUCUGUCCUGCUGCUUUUGAGUGAGCUCUUGUUAUUCUGAAAGAUGAGGAUUAUAGAUUCUGCAAGGUGACUUUCCUGUAAUGCCCUUUCCCAAAAAAUACCUCUCUCAACAGGCCAAGAAAUCCUUUUGCUCUUUUUUAUGGAACUUCUUCUGAAGUUUCCUGAAGCCUGUCCACAAAUUUCACAUUGCUCAUAGAUUUCCCUCACCCAUUUUCUGGAAGACAGGCCAUGAUGCUGCAGAGAUGCUCCCCUGCUCCCCUCAGCCUGUGACCUUUGGAAAAUCCCAUGAAAUCAAGUUCUCAGUCUCAAGUGAACACAGUUCUGCGAAUUUGUGAUUCCUACUGAAAACAGGACUUUGAGUGCCAAAGUCACCUUCACACAGCCAGUGCUCCAAGAGCAACAAAGUACCUGCCAGCCUGUUUCAGGAGGUGGGUGCAGAACUGUGCUCCUGGAGCAGCCCGGGGCAGCUGCCAUGGCUGGGGCUGCUCCUGUUACCCUCUCUCUGGAGCAAGUGCUUGUAGGAUCCAACCAUCACCUCCCCUCCUCCCCAUCACCUCCCCAGGCCAGAGAUAAGCCAAGGCAAGCUGAACUGGCUCUGCUUACCCCGGCUCUGCAGGGAGAUGCUCUCCAACAGCCUUACGAUCCGGUUCACAGAGGUGCUCCCCUCGUGCUGGAAUUGGUCUAUGUGGAGAGGCUGUAGCUCUAAUGGGAGAUGAACCAGGUUAAAGAAGGAGAGCACGUUGUGAAAAGGGAGGGAGCUGUUUCACUGGCACUAAGCUCUGUGUAGAACCAGUAAAUCCCAGUAACCCCCGUGGGGAUGCUCCCUCCUGCUCCCAGCCAGUUGCAUUUCAAUAGAGUUUAAAGCUUGACUUUCCUUUGGAAGAGAAGUGUGUGGUGUGCUCAGCCCAGGCCGUAGCUGUAGGUGCCUCUUCGCUGUUCAGCACUUGCCUGAUGAUGCUUUAGUAGCACUUUCAAACCCAUCCCCAGUUCUCUUAGAAGCUUUGCUCUGGUUUCCUGAAGCCUCACAGUGAAACACUGAGUGAUGCAAUGACUCUGAGGGUCUGCUCUGGGUUUGCUUUUUCCUCUGAGAAGUCGCUCAGUUCUGUAGACUUUGUCAUUCCUGUGGGUGUUGAUCUCUGUGAGAUCUUUCAGCAGAUGAUUCAGUGGCUACUGUCAGCUGGUUUGUCAUUCUUGGUUGUUUUGUCGUUGUGGUUUUUUUCACUUGAAACUGUGACUUUCCUUUCUGACCCAGAUUGAUUUGGGAAUGGGACUAACAGGCAGGACAGUGUGAAGCCUUAGGAAGAGGUGCAGUGUGUUGGAUUUGUCUCUCCCAUGGCAGCAGGGCUGGGAGCUGAGGUCUGGCAUGAGGUUUGCCAGCAGCUCCUAUGGGAUCUGGGACAUUUUCAGCAGAACACACUCCUCCCCCCUGCUGUAAAACCUGCUGUACAUCCUUACCAGCAGCUGGGCUUUGGAUGCUCUUGUCCUGGCCAGGCUUUGGCAUGGUCCUGCCUGUGCUGGCCCAUGCCUCCCAGUCUGGAAUGUCCCAGACUGUCCUGUGGUUCUGGGGUCUGAGCAGCGGUUUAUUACACCCCAGGGACUUUUGCACUUCCAGCAGUGGGUGAAGGUGUUCCUGUAUAUAUUUUGCAAAAUGUUUUGUGCUUAUAAGUGACACAUACACAUCUAUACGUAUAUAAAAGGGAUUUUUAUAUAUAUAUAUAUAUACAUACAUAUAUAUAUAUGUAUAUAAAAGAAAGAGUCCUUAACUGACACUAGAAUUACUGUGCAGUGCAUUUUCCUUUCUGAUCCCACUGUUUCCAUGCACACAACUUCUGCCACACUUGGGAGUGACUUUGCAGAGGGAGCAGAAGGGGCUCAGAAGCACAUUGGGGGGGUGAUGGGAGAGCUCCCACUGUGUGGGGAGGUCUCCCCUGUCACAGGGUCUGCUCCCCUUCCCACUGGAGUUUCAGUCUCCCACUUGCUCCUGCUGCACUCUGGCUGCCGCCCGGCUCAGACCAGCGCCUGGGCCCGGUGAGAGGCAGCAGCAGGUUAGGUGCAGGUCCACAGGUCCAGCACUGGUGCCACCAGCUCCAAGUCCUCAUGCAGAGCAGGGGGGGACCCUCUCCCCUCCACCAGCAUCAUCUGCAUCAGCCCUGGAGCUGGUGUGCAGCUAAGGGUUGGCUGCAAACUGCCACUCUGGCUCGGCUUCCAUUCAGGAGAGCACUUGGCAUGCACUUGCAUCCUCUUGAAACCUCACUGAGCCAAGCACAGGGUGCACACCUAAGCACAACACAGAAGUGCUUUUUCCUGGGUGAAGUGGGGGAACCUAAGCACAAACUCAGUUUCUUCCCAGAGUUUUGAGGGUCUUGAGAAUGGCGGGUGAAGGGGCCAAGAUAUGUCUCUGCCAUGAAUGGGCUGUACUGAGGGCUGGGAUCUCUUGCCUGUGGGAGGUGCAGCUCCCAAAACCAGGGCAGAACCCAGCACCUCUGUGGGUCCCACCUGCACUCUCACUGCUCUGCUGAUGCUCCAGCCUCCCCCCGAGCUGGCUGGGGCUGUCCCAGUCCCCCAGCAUGCUUUCAUCAAUGAAUGUAGCACUGCGUAUGUCCUGCGGAGAGGAGUGCUGGAUUUGUAUGAGAGAAUGUGGAGAGAGUUUAUAGAGGGAAAAUAAAUCUUGAAGAAAUGUAUCUGAUAAAGUUUAUUUUUGAUGUAGAGAGGCGGUGCUUUGUAGUUCCUGGUGACCUAUGUCUGUUGUAAAUAAUGUAUAUUUAAUUUAUUGCUAUGGUAGCAGAUUGUAUUUGUUAUGUAUAAAACUAAAGGUUCAAAAAUGUAUAUUUUGUUGCUUAAAUGUGUCUUUGCAAAAUUCACAAUAAAUAACAUAUUUUGUGUCCA